AUGCCACUGCCUCCACGAACGGCUGCGCUCACUCGAGCCGUUGGUCAGUCCGGACGUCGCUACCUCGUUGAACAGAUUCUGCAAGACAAGCCAGGCAACCAGGGUCGCGUCUAUCUUGCAACUUCUGGCAGCCAGAAGUUCGUUCUUAAGAGCGUCCCACCGAAGGACUUCACCUACUUCAAAGACAUGUUCGACGACCUCCGCUACUCCUCUUGUCUUCGAGUACCCGAAGACACUAUUCCCGAGCACUCGAUGUUUGCCUAUAGGUACCUUCGCGAUAACCUUUUAACCUUCUUCCAGCAAGAUGUGGCACUUCCCACUACAAAACGCGUUAUGGGAGAUGUGUUGCGAGGAAUUGCUGCGUUGCAUGAGAAGGGAGUUGUACAUACAGACAUCAAGCCUGACAACAUCCUCGUCGAUUGGGAGAAGGCGAAAGACGACAUCAUAGUUGAGCAGGUGCAAAUCGCCGACAUUGAGAGUGGAGCAUACGUACCAGAAGGCUCCGUUAUACAAGGAAGACAACUUGGCAACUGGAUGUGGCGGAGUCCCGAGGCACACAUGUCUGGUCCGAUGAGCAAACCUACAGACAUCUUCUCCUUCGGAAUCAUGUGCAUCUACGCCUUGACUAAGGACGUCAUCUUUGCAGUCGACAAAAAGCAGCUUCCUGCGGACGUACAGCUGGAGGAUGCUGUCAUUCAACUCCAAAUUUCCUACUUCGCAGAUCUUGAUGGCGUGCGUGGAUUGGUCGACUAUUAUGGUGAUAGUCAUUGGGCUCAUUACAUUGUCAUGGUCGCCAAUGAAUUCACAACGGACAACCCAAGACGGCCUUUCGACACUCGACGAGAUUUAGAACCAGAGUUCAAGGACCUCAUCAUGCGCCUGAUGAAUGUCGAUCCCAGGCGGAGACUGACGGCCAAGGAGGCAUUAGCACACACGUGGUUUGCAGAACAAACGUAA